AUGUUUCUUCUUGCGACUCUAUUUGCUUUGUCGGCGCUGCCAUGGACGGCGCCGGCUAUGCGGUCGGAUCACCUGGCGAAGCUGCGGCAGGAGACGGUCGACAUGUUUUACCACGGCUACAACAACUACAUGCUGCAUGCGUUCCCAGAAGACGAGCUCCGUCCCGUAUCAUGCCAACCGUUGACUCGAAAUCCCAACAAGCCGGCUGACAUUGGCCUGAACGACGUGCUCGGCAACUACUCGCUGACCCUCAUCGACAGCCUGUCAACCUUGGCUAUACUUGCCGGUGGGCCUGCCAACGAGAAAUAUACGGGCUCCCAGGCGUUGAGUGAUUUUCAGGACAGUGUGGCGCAAUUCGUUUCAUACUAUGGCGACGGGAGACAAGGCUCGUCAGGCCAGGGCCUUAGAUCCAGAGGAUUUGAUCUCGACAGCAAGGUGCAGGUCUUCGAAACGGUCAUCCGCGGUGUUGGUGGUCUUUUGAGCGCACAUCUUUUUGCCGUAGGCGAUUUGCCCAUCCGGGGUUACGACCCAAAACCUGACAGCAAGUGGGCGAGCGAAGAUCCUUUAGAAACGGCGCCCAUCAGCUGGCAUGGAGGCUUUCGAUAUGACGGCCAGCUCUUGCGGCUCGCUCUUGACCUUUCGGAACGACUUCUUCCUGCAUUUUACACCAAGACCGGGAUACCUUAUCCCCGCGUCAAUCUUCGCUCCGGCAUCCCUUUUUAUAUCAACUCACCGCUGCAUCAAGAUUCCGAGGAUACAGAACCCGUCGUCGGCAAUGCGGAAAUCACGGAAACGUGCAGUGCUGGUGCGGGGAGCUUGACUCUGGAGUUUACCGUCCUGAGCCGUCUCUCCGGGGACCCUCGCUUCGAGCAAGCCGCCAAGCGAGCGUUCUGGGAAGUGUGGGAGCGCCGGAGUGAUAUCGGCUUGAUUGGCAACGGCAUUGAUGCCGAACGUGGUGUCUGGAUAGGUCCCCAUUCUGGCAUUGGCGCCGGCAUGGACAGCUUCUUCGAAUAUGCCCUGAAGAGCCAUAUUCUCUUGUCCGGGCAGGAAACGCCAAACAUGACGCGGUCUCACAGACAAAGUACAACAGGCUGGCUCGACCCCAACUCGCUGCAUCCACCCCUCCCUCCAGAGAUGCACUCGUCAGAUGCAUUUCUCGAGGCCUGGCACCAGGCUCAUGCGUCGGUGAAGCGCUAUAUUUACACGGAUAGAAACCAUUUUCCAUACUACUCAAACAACCACCGCGCCACUGGGCAGCCUUACACAAUGUGGAUCGAUAGUCUCGGCGCGUUUUACCCUGGUCUGCUAGCUCUGGCUGGCGAGGUGGACGAGGCCGUCGAGGCGAACCUCGUUUAUACGGCGCUGUGGACGCGAUACGGUGCCAUCCCGGAGCGCUGGUCCGUCCGGGAGAGUAACGUCGAGCCUGGCAUUGCCUGGUGGCCAGGCAGACCCGAGUUCAUCGAGUCAACCUAUCACAUCUACCGCGCCACGGCCGACCCUUGGUACCUGCGCGUGGGCGAGAUGGUGCUGCACGAUAUUCAGCGUCGUUGUUGGGUAGCCUGCGGCUGGGCCGGAUUGGAAAACGUCCUCUCGGGCGAGAAACAGGACCGUAUGGAAAGCUUCUUCCUGGGGGAGACAACAAAAUAUUUAUACCUGCUCUUCGACCCAGAGCAUCCUCUCAACAAUCUCGAUGCUGCCUAUGUAUUCACGACUGAGGGACACCCUCUCAUUAUCCCGCGCCGGGCGCGUGGCUCAUCGACGCCGCGACGCCGCGCCUCGCGUACAUCCCGUCAAGAAGAGAAAGACGUAGCCGUGUAUAGCUACUACGACACCAGAUUCACAAAUUCGUGCCCGGCGGCGCGCACACCUACAGAGCCACUGGCAGGCUCCAACACGGCGGCGCGACGCAACCUGUUUGACGUGUCGCGCUUCACCAAUCUCUACAACACGCCCAACAUUCACGGGCCGCUCGAGUCGUUCAAGACCAGGGACGAGCACAAGGGCAUCAUUACGCAGUACCGCGCCACGUCGAACUACUCCGUCUUUCCGUGGACGCUUCCGCCAACCAUGCUCCCGCACAACGGAACCUGCCCGGUGCCCUCGAACCGCAUCCUGUCGUGGAUCGAGUUCCCCACCGUAGAUCCAGCGCCGUCGCUGUUUGCGACGCGCGGCGGUGGCGGCGACAGCAACACGCCGCUGCGAUGGUACCACAAUGUCGGCCCCACUGUCGAAAGGGUCGACGGCCUGAAGCUGCAGCUCGAGCAAGAGUUCAACGAAGCGGCCGGCACCGACGUCUGGAUGGUCACGCAUGUGGCCGGCAAGACGGUCGGUCGCCACGAAAACGUCAUAUUUCACGCCGAUCACGUCCGCCAUUUCCGCGACGACGCCUUUUCCGUCCUCCGCCGCAAGGACAUGGUGGAGGUGGUGCUGCUCGUCCAGCCGGAACCGACGCCGCAAGCAAGCCGCGAGUUACCUCCGGCAGUGAUGCCACUUCCUGUGCCCGGCGCCCUCGAUGAAGUCAGUAGCCUCGACGCCGCCCCUGACAAUACGUCCUCAACGCGGAGACCCUCUGUCCGUGCCAGCGGCCAGCCGCCCGCCACCGAUCCGGAUUCGCUCUUCAAGUCCAUCCUCCGCGCCGUCUCAUCGGCCCUCGAAGGCAGCGCCACCGCCAGCACCCCGUCGCCCUCGCCGUUGCGCGGCAGCGGCAGCGGCAGCGGUAGCCGCGAUGACAGCUCCAACUCCGACGACGACGUGGGCGUCGCUUCCAUCCACAGCUGGCUCGCCAACACGGCCACGGGCGCCGGCGCUUUUCCGCUGCCGAGCGUGCGCGACGCGCUCCUCCGCAACAGCCCCGACUUCUCGGCCGCCGAUCCAGCAGCAUCACUACCCUGGCGCCACGUGUACAUGGCGGGCUCGGCCUGCGACGGGCCGCUGCCCGAGGACGCGCCCCGCCGGCACCAGGUUAUCGUCAUGCGUCGCGGCGGGUGCCCCUUUGGCGACAAGCUCGCCCACGUGCCAAAUUUUGUGCCCGACGAGGCCAGCCUGCAGCUCGUUGUCGUCGUGGACGAGGAGGGCGGGGGACACGUGGACGACGCGCCGCGGCCGCUGCUGGCGACGGAGCAGCGGACGCCCAGGGGCACCCCGCGGCUCCACGGCAUACCGAUGGUUCUCCUGCCUGCUUCCAAGGGCACGUACGAGCUGUUUGGCGAGGCGGCGGCGGUCGGGCUGCGGCGCAAGUACGUGGUCAAGAGCCAGGGCUACGUGAUUGAGAAUGCCAUUGUGAUGUAA